GGAAGGUAACUCGUGAAUGUAUUGAAAAAUUUGUAAAAAAAAAUGGAAAAUUGCUUUACAAUAAUCAUCUUUUCUUCUGAAAUCUGAAAGUAAAUUGUUGACAGACAGAAAUUAAAUACCCAUCAUGCCGUGUUGGUACUUUGAGAAAAAAGAUAUCAAGAACUCUCCAUCUAUUCGUGAUGGCCUUGACAUUGCUACAGAAGGACGGUAUAGAAAAGAAGGAGCAAGAUUUAUUAUUGAUGCUGGAACAAAAUUAGGACUUCGUUAUGAUACCUGUGCUACAGGUGUGACAUAUUUUCACAGAUUUUAUAUGUUUCACUCUUUUAAAGAAUUUCAUAGAUAUGUAACGGCAGCAUGUUGUUUAUUUUUAUCUGGUAAAGUCGAGGAAACACCAAAGAAAUGUAAAGACAUAAUUAAAAUAUGUCAAUCAUUAUUAAGCCCCUCCCUGUUUGCUGUAUUUGGUGAUGACCCCAGGGAAGAAAUAAUGACAAUGGAAAGGAUUUUACUUCAAACAAUCAAAUUUGAUCUUCAGAUUGAUCAUCCAUAUGGAAAAGUUUUAAAAUAUGCUAAAUUUGUGUUGGGAGACAAAGAAAAAAUACAGAAAAUGGUUCAGAUGGCAUGGACUUUUAUAAAUGACAGUAUGUGUACAACUCUUUGUCUCCAGUGGGAACCAGACAUCAUAGCGACAUCUCUCCUGUACCUGGCAUCAAGAUUAACUAAAUUUGAAAUCACGGAUUGGCAGGGCAAGGUGCCUGGAUCAAAAAUAAAAUGGUGGGAUGCGAUCGUGGAAGAUAUUUCAAUGGAGUUAAUGGAAGAUAUAUGUCAUCAAGUUUUAGAUCUUUACUCACCAGAAAAUCGUAAAAAGGAAGAGUCACCUCCCCUUAGUCCGUCUGGUAAAAGUAAAACUGGAGGUGGAACCCCAAGUAAAGUUAGAGGACCGACAUCUCCAGCAGAAGGUGUUCCUCCUAGCAAGCAAGUUAAACUCGAUCCCAAGGGAGGUAAUCCCCGUAAACCUGCUCCACCUCCACAUCAAGCCCCGGCCCAACCUGGUCAAGUCUUGUAUACUUCUUCCGGUUACACACCCUAUAACCCCUACAUCCAGACGGGCAUGUAUUCAUCAUCGUUCAUGUCUCAAGAAGGAAAUCAGAAAAUUCAAGCCUUAUUUGGUAAUUCAACGCAAGCCAAUCAACCAGCAUACCAAAAUUAUCCACCAGCGCAACAAAUCAGACCGAACACUGUAACAUCAACGGCUCCUUACGGUACUGGAGCAUACCCCCCAGGUUAUCAACCACCUCCAGGUUAUCCCCCAGCUCCUGCAUCUGCAGGAUACACGCAGUCCUACCCUGGGGGAUAUCCCCCUGCUGCCGGCUACCCACCUGGUACCCAGCCCCCUCAACAACAAUACGCUCACCCCCCUCCCGGUUUUAAUCAGUACCAAUACCCACCAGCACAACAACCGCAACAAUACGCAGCUCCACCUGCAGGUUACCCACCAAGCACCAUUCCUCCCAAUUAUCAAGCACCUGGUUAUCCCCUCACAUCGACAGCAGCCGUGCCCCAAUCACAACCUGGCCCUGAAACUACACAAUCUGGACUUGCUACAGUACGUAUAACACAGAGACGAUGAUUAUGGUCAAUGUUUUUAGUUCUAUUUAUAAACAAUUGUGUAUAUCAGGCCAUCUUGAGUCAACUCACAUCGACAGCGGCCAUGCCUCAAUCGCAACCUGGGUCUGAUAUGACACAAUCUGGGCUCGCUACAGUACGUAUAACACAAAGGCGGUGAUAAUGGUCGAUGUUUUUAGUUCCAUUUAUAAACUAUUGUGUAUGUCGGGCCGUCUUAAGUCAACUCAUGUCAUAUUCCAUUAAUGAGGAAACAAGUAUUCAGGAACAAGUUUCUAUCAUAUUGUAUUUCUUGAAUGACAUUACUGUUCUUGAGUGAUCUCCAUUCAUUUGUUUAUAUUAUAAACAAUUUUGUAUAUCGGGUCAUCUUGUUUCAUCUCAUUUGAAAUGUUUAAACUAUUUGAAAGAGUAUGCCAGCACAUCAUUUGAGCACUGGAAUGGGAACAAAAAAUAUAAAGUUUUUAUCAUAUUAAAUUUUGUGAAUGACGUCCCCGUUGUUGAGUCAUCCCCAUUCAUUUCUUGAAAAUAUUUAAAGGAGGCUGCCAGCAAGUCAAAUGAGUAGAUUGAAACAGAAAGUACAAAACGAUACAGGAACACAUUUUCUUGAUUGACGUCACUGUUCCAGAUAUAUCAUAUUUUGAACGAACAUGGAUUGUGUUGUGCUCUGUUUGAAUGCAAAUCUAUGGGGCUCCUUCAUAACAUUUUGAAUUAAGAUAAUUGAAUGAAAUAGGGAAGCUCGAUUGUUAUUGCACAAUCUUCUGAAUUGGGCGAUUUUUCCAUUUCCAUUUUGGAACAUUCAGUAAAAUAUGUCACAUGAAACACAGUGAAUGAUAGUGGCCAAUUUUGUAUAUGUUAUUAUGUGUUACUUGGUUGGUGCUUUAAAAAAAUGAGGAAAAAAAAACCAUGGCAAAAAGACUUUGCAUUAAAAUGGAAAUAAAGUAAAUGUUAUAUUAUGGCUCAGUCUGAUUAAAAUACAGAUCUAUAUUUCAUUUCAUUUUUUUUAUACUUUGCAUGGUCUCUACUACAUAAAGAUCUGACCAGUUGUAGUGGGAGGUUGGAUCGGGGAUCAUACGAGUGACUUUUGACCCAUUGACAUUUGAUUAAACAAUCAGCAUUGGUGUUUCUAGUAGGAUACCCACAAUUCCAUGCACCACACGCCAAGAGCUCGCCGUAACAGACCAUUUUAUUGGCUAAUCUCUCACAUCAACCAGAACAUGGGUUAUAUAACAACUCUUCUAGAUCCGAGUGUAGUAAAGACAAGUAAAACAAAAUUUUUAACUAUAAAAAACAAGAUGAAAUAGGAUCUGUGUUUUAAUCAGAUUGAUUAUGGCUUGGAAAUAAUGAGAAAUUGUGUCUGACCAAAAUCUGAAUUUGUUUCUGACAGUGUCCGUGAGAGGUGAUAUUACAUCUUAAAUUGUAAAAUUAAGCCAUGGUUAGGCCUUGUUAUAUAUUUGUAAAAUGAGGUAGACAAGUGAAUUUAUUUUAUGUAUGAUGUUUAUAUCUUGUAUAUCAGACUUGUCAUUACAAAAUAAAUAUUACAUCAUGUUA